GCUCUUGGAUCGAUUCCCCUAUUUCCCUGUUUUAAGUACAAUAAGAGGGAAAGGGGGUUCUUCUUUUUUUCUUUUCUUACAAAAAAAUUGCUUGCAUCUUUCAUCGGGGUCAAUUCGUUCCCCGUGGGGAGGUGCGGCCCAGGGAGGGGCCAGGAGCAGGAGCGUGCCCGGUGCUGCCCAGUCUUUGUCUGCUGCCUCCGAAUGCACAGCGAUGGGGGAAUGGACCAUCUUGGAGAGGCUGCUGGAAGCCGCGGUGCAGCAGCACUCCACUAUGAUUGGGAGGAUCCUGUUGACUGUGGUGGUGAUCUUCCGGAUCCUCAUUGUGGCCAUUGUGGGGGAGACAGUGUACGACGAUGAGCAGACCAUGUUUGUGUGUAACACCUUGCAGCCCGGCUGUAACCAGGCCUGCUACGACCGCGCCUUCCCCAUCUCCCACAUCCGGUACUGGGUCUUCCAGAUCAUUAUGGUGUGCACCCCCAGCCUCUGCUUCAUCACCUACUCAGUGCACCAGUCUGCCAAGCAGCGAGAACGCCGCUACUCCACCGUCUUCCUAGCCCUGGACCGAGAUCCCCCUGAGUCCAUGGGGGGUCCUGGAGGAACUGGGGGUGGGGGCAGCAGUGGGGGCAAGCGCGAAGACAAGAAGUUGCAAAAUGCCAUUGUCAACGGGGUGCUGCAGAACACAGAGAACCCCAGCAAAGAGACAGAGCCAGAUUGUCUAGAGGUUAAGGAGCUGACUCCACACCCAUCCGGGCUGCGCACCGCAGCGCGGUCCAAGCUCCGGAGGCAGGAGGGCAUCUCCCGCUUCUACAUUAUCCAGGUGGUGUUCCGAAACGCCCUGGAGAUCGGGUUUCUGGUGGGCCAGUACUUCCUCUACGGCUUCAGUGUUCCCGGGUUGUACGAGUGUGAUCGCUACCCAUGCAUCAAGGAGGUGGAGUGCUAUGUGUCCAGGCCCACGGAAAAGACCGUGUUUCUAGUGUUCAUGUUUGCGGUGAGUGGCAUUUGUGUGGUGCUCAACCUGGCGGAACUCAACCACCUGGGAUGGCGCAAGAUCAAGUUGGCGGUGAGAGGCGCCCAGGCCAAGAGGAAGUCCGUCUAUGAGAUCCGUAACAAGGACCUGCCCCGGGUCAGUGUUCCCAAUUUCGGCAGGACUCAGUCCAGUGACUCUGCCUAUGUUUGAAAAGGUCGAUUGGGGGAAAGAUUGGGGAAUGACAAAUAGCCCCUAGGCACCUGACUGUUGGAGCGUGGCAGUGUUGGCUGUCUCUGCCCUCCUUUCAUCUUUGACUCUUGCCAGUAAGAUGUAGGAUACGGCUGGUGAAGUGAAGCUCUUGCAUCUGGGGGAGAGGAGAGAAAGUAGCAUCCUGACUACAUGUCACACCUUGACCUGACAGAGAUCCUUGACUAGUGGGGAGAUGGAUGCGAUGGAUUUCUCUGGGCUCUUUUCUUUCCUGGCCCAGCCUGAUCCUGAUAACAGUAGACACGCAAGGUUAGUUCUACUGAGCUCUGUAUCCUGAUGAAUGGUGUGAGCCAGAUACUUUUUUGGUACAAAAUCUGUGACUAUCUCAACAAGUCCCUUCAUCCUGGGGGCUGCAGGACAGGCAACCUUGAGGCAUCCUUCAUACCUCCAUCAGCAUGCUCCUCUUCCUUAAUCCAGGAUAGCAUGCCAGCUUUUUCUGAAUCUGGCCUUACACUGUAUUGAAGGCCGUUCAUCUGUAAGAUAGAGGGAAUUACGCGGGGCUGCUUUUUGGAGAAUGGCCGUGGCAGAGCUUUGCAUUAGAGUCCCCAUCAGCCUGGCCCUUAGUCAUUAUGAAAACCCUAGGAAUGUCUCUGUAUUUCCAGUUUUCUAACUCAAAUUGCACUGGUGCUGUU